GUCGUUUCGAUUCAGUCAUCUCGAAACAGUUCAAUUCUACCUACACUGCUAGCAGUUUCUCCGCACGAAAGUAACCGGAACUUCCUCUAACCUUUCCCCCUUUUCAGCUAUGAACAUCACCACCAAGACGGGGCUGAUCGCUUCCCCCCGGAAGCGGAUCGUGCGCCCGAAGAAGGAGUUCGAUCCGGCGGUGCUGGCACCGUGCGCCAUCACGCGCCAGGUACCGCUGGCGCUGCGACCCUUCGGCGGCCUGUACAACCCCUACUCGAAGGGUUGCUCGGUGCUGUGCAAUCAUCCGGCGGCGCAGGAGGUGAAAAAUGUGGUCCGGCUGGCAAAGGACGCCUGGAUCACCGAGGCCAAGGUGGCCAAUUUGCACGGGCACGGAGCGGGUGGCGGCGGCGGCGGCAGCGGCCCAACCACCAUGGCGGCAGUAGAUGGUGGUGGUGCCCGGGCCGAGGCGGACGGCAGGACGCGGCCGCCGGGCGCGGACGGUACCGAGCUGCCGGACCACGUGCCGGAGGAGUUCUUUCGGCGCUACACGGACACGGAUUCGCGACCGCUGACGCCGACACCGACGGUGGCCAGCGGCCGAACGCGUGCCAGUGUGGGCGGGUCGCAUCUGGCGCGCCGGUGCGUCACGCCGGAACCGCAGACGGCCAACGGGCAGGAGCGGAAGCAGCUGAUACUGGACCUGCGCCGCAGCCACAGCCAGGAGACGCUCUACUGGAACGCGUCUUCCGAGCUGAGCCCGAGCCAGCUGCAUGAUGGUGGUGGUGGUGGUGGUGGUGGCGUUGGAGGCAGCUUGGCACUCGGGUACGGUGGCGAGCGGGGCGAGCGAGGACCGGCCGGCAGCAGCAGUGCGGGGGGAGCAGGUGGUGGGCCCAAUGCCCAGUCGGCCGUCGCGGACGAUACCGGACGCAGUGCGGGCGUCGGCGGCCCGGACGAGAUGAGGCUGCGGGGCGAGUCGGACACCGAGCGGGGGCCGCCACAACCGAUGACCUGUAUCAACGCGAUGGACGAUGGGGAGGAGGACCCACCGAGGCGGCGCGGCAAGCGGCGCAAAAAGUCCAAGCAGCUCACGCAAACGAUCAGCUUCGUGCCGAACCAGGACCCGGAGACGCAGAUCGCCAAGAUGGAUCCGGACUCGCCGAACUACUCGGCCCGGCCGUCGCUGGUGCCGACCGGCAAGUGUCUGCUCAGCCUGGCGCAGGACCUCACACCUCCGGCCGGUUUCGGUGCGGGUGGCACUCAUCAGGGCGGGGUGGGGCAGCCGGCCGAGGAGGACUGCUUUCUGGACGACGAGUCGCUCGGGUUGCUGCGCCGCGGUCUCAACAUCGACAUCGUCGAGAUGAUCUUCGAGCGUUAUAAAGGACGCGCCAUCAGGGAAGCCUUUCGUACGGCGACGAUGGACAAGCUGAACUUCCAAACGGAUGCCGUCCGAACGCUGCAACGUUCGGCGAAGCAGCUCAGUGACGUCGACUACGAGAAGUGGAUCGAUCUGCCCCGGAAGUACUCGAGAUCUUCGGCCCGGUUCGAGCUGCCCAUCGAUACCCGCAAGCUAACCCGUAUGACCCCGAUCGAGUAUCUGCACGAUCACGUCGUACUGAGCAACGACCGCAAGCAGCUGUACCAUCGCAUCUUCGCGCGCAAUCUACCCCGGGAGGAACCGAAGGCGUCCGGCGCACUGGAGAGCGUCGACAGUGACUCCCUGCCCGAGACGGAGACGGGCCCGCUCGAGGUAGAUAGUACGCGGAACCUGCUGGCGGACGUGACCCGGUACAUCCCGAUGAACUGCUUCGACAAGGCGUUGCACGAGGCGCUAGGGUUUCACGGGACGGCCGAGCGGAUCGCUGCCAUCCGGGAGCUGCUGGAGCUGAACUACGAUCCGUUCAAUGAGCUGCAGAUCGAUUUUCGGACGUGGUGUGGGAUAGUGGCGUUCUCGGAGCGCUUCAUCAACUCGCUCGACCGGGAGCAGGACCCUUGUGAUGAGCUGGAAAUGGUUGACUUUGAAUCGCUCGAACGACGUGUCCGGUGGGCUCGACCGUCCGAAAACCUGUGUCAAGUCCUGCAAAUCAUCAAAUACCAUUAAAACAGGCACCCGAGGGCGGAAAGGCGUGUUGAUUUCAACGCCAGUUGUGUUUGCACAAUCGAUUAAAGGAUGGGCAGAGGCGACCUGAACAAGUGUGUGUGCCGUAGGGAGUAGUCAUGCAUUGACUGAAGGGAUUAGCAUACCUUCUCACCCUCAUCGCUCGAAGCGGAAAGCGAUCCGGUGUGGUUUAAUGAUUGAUAAGGUUGCGAUUUUCCACUGCUGGGCCUGUGGUGUACGGCCCUGAGCGGAUCAACGGCGUUUAACCCGUUCAAUGGGACUCUUAAUUAACCGGGAGCCAAGAGAGUAAGGAAGGUUUAAGCCUGCCCCGUAGGUGUGUUUGUGCAUAUGGAGAUAUUUCACAAUCCCUUUUCCUUAUUAAGCACGUGGUUUCUGGGGUGUGUGACAAGUUGAGUGUAUUCAUUAUAAUGUAAUAGAUGUGGUUUUAACAGUUUAUCGUAUAAAAUAGUCGAAAGCACUAAGCAA